UUUCUAUUUUUAAUCUGUCCAAAUCGUAAGCAUUAUGUAUUGAGAGAAUUUUCCGGACUUUUUUGCUGUUUCUCGAAGUUAUUCGUUUUCCUGCCGAGUCAAAAGAUAUUUAAAACUUAUACCUGUGAGUGAAAUCUUGGAUAUUAACUCAAAAUGGUUGAUUACAGCAAGUGGAAGGACAUAGAAAUAUCCGAUGAUGAGGAUGAGACCCACCCUAACAUCGACACUCCGUCACUGUUCCGCUGGCGGCACCAGGCGCGUGUCGAGCGCAUGGAGGAGCGCCGCAAAGAGAGAGAGGAACACAUUCAAAAGAAGACUGAAAACUUGAGAUUGAUAAACGAAACUAAGAAAAAGAUCUCCGAAGCGAGCCCCAACAGUCCGGACCUUGAAUCUUUGAAGAAAGCACUGGCUGACCUCGAAAAAGAAGAGAAAUUAUUGAAACAGAAAGAUGAUGAUCUCAAGAAAAAGGAGCGGCAAACGCCUUGGAAUGUGGACACUAUCAGUGAGCCAGGAUUCACAAAAACCGUCAUUAACACGAAGCCCGCGAGACCUAAGGAUGAGAACUUGACUGAGGAGGAGAAGGAAGCCAAGAUGAAGAAGUUUAUCAAGGAAAAUGAGAAGCUUUUGAAGCAGUUUGGUAUGCUGCGGCGUUACGACGACUCCAGGCAAUUUUUACAGGAGCACAGUCAACUUGUGAGUGAAGAGACUGCCAACUAUCUUGUCAUUUGGUGUAUCAACUUGGAAAUGGAAGAGAAACAUGACUUGAUGGCUCAUGUGGCGCAUCAAACCAUUUGCAUGCAGUACAUACUGGAGUUGUCCAAACAGCUGGAUGUGGACCCAAGAGCCUGUGUCGGCUCAUUCUUCUCAAAGAUCCAGAUCGCAGAGAAGACAUACAAAGACUCGUUCGAUGAUGAACUGGAACAGUUCAAGGCUAGGAUCAAGAAGCGAGCUGCGGAGAAGAUAGCUGAAGCCAUCAGAGAGCAGGAGGAAGAGGAACGGAAGGCCAGGCUGGGACCCGGUGGACUGGAUCCCGUUGAAGUGUAUGAGGAGUUACCUGAUGAGCUGAAGAAAUGCUUUGAUGCCCAAGAUGUGCCAUUGCUGCAAGCAACAAUUGCCAAAAUGCCAGAGCAAGAAGCCAUAUACUACAUGAAGAGAUGUGUGGACGCAGGUCUGUGGGUUCCUGGCAAGAACAGUGAUGAUGAACCAACCAUGAAGGAGAAUGCUGCCGGGUCCUCUCAGUCUGCCAGUGAAACCACUGUCCCUUCAGUCAGCACCGAUGAUGUUGACUGAGACACAAUCAAUACAUGCUAGUAUUUAGGCAUAAGUCUGCAUAACAUCAUUGGAAAGCUAAAACAUCAAGUUUGGCACAUUUCUUUAUGACGUUAAAUACACGGACAUAAGUUAAAUUAAGGUUAUGUUUUAAUAUUGAUCUAGUAUUAAUUUUGUAUCCUCAAAUUAUAUGUGAGUUCUAAUGAAUGAGAAUGCACUCAGUUGUGUUAAUAACUAAAAGAAUGAAAUGUUUUGUUAGGUAUCAGUGUCACGCUGAACAUAGAUAGAUUGAACAUCUACGUGUCCGGCAAUAAACUCAUUAAGUGCUGUUAAAUUUUCACUUGGAGUACAAAAUUUUCUAAAUGGAAAAUUUUCCCCAUAUGAGAUUUUACAAUAAAUGUUAUAUAUCGUCAAA